AUGUCCGCCGCCUUCUCGGCGAAACAUUCUUUUGAAAAGCGCGUGGACGAAAUCAAGUCGCCAAAGAGUGAUAUCAAUGCCUUAAUUCUCGACUACCUCACGAUGGAAGGCUACCCCAACGCUGCAGCGAAAUUCUCCAAGGAGGCGAACCUGCAGCCUCAGCAAGACAUCGCCUCUAUUCGUGCCCGACAGGAAAUACAAAACUGCAUCCACAGUGGAAAUAUCCAGUCGGCCAUAGAAAUGCUCAAUGAGCUGGACCCCGAGAUAUUGGAUGCGGAUAAGGCGUUGCACUUCUCUCUGUUGCGUUUACAGCUCGUCGAGCUAAUCCGGGGCUGCAAUGCCACUGGAGGUGAUAUCAGCCCAGCACUCAAGUUUGCCACGGAGCAGCUUGGCCCCCGUGCUCCUACCAACCCCCACUUCCUUGAAGAGCUCGAAAAGACCAUGGCUCUCCUGCUUUUUCCUCCUGAGACUCUAGAGCCGCAGCUUGCUGCUUUGCUGAAGCCUGACCUUCGCCGAGAUGCUGCCGACAAGGUCAAUCGUGCGAUCUUGGAAAGACAAUCUACGAGACGCGAGGCAGCAAUUCGUCAGCUUGUCAAAAUGCGGGCCUGGGCAGAGUCCGCCGCCCGAGAUCGCGGCAUCAGCUUGCCUGAUCGGCUUGACGUUGGUUUGAAUUCUGAUGACACUGACCGACGCCAAGCAAACCCUGAAAAUGGGCAUGAACCUAUGUUGACGGUAUGA